AUGUCAAUUAUUGAUUAUAAAUGUGACCAGUUAUUGGAAGAUGUAGCUUCUCUGAAGAUCAACAAUAAGCAUGAAGAAGUCAGGAUUGAAGAAUCCAUAUUCGAGAAAUUUGAAUUCCCUUUGAAAUUCAUGGAGCAUCUGAAAGAGUUUGAAAAUUAUUGUGAUACUAAUAAAGAUCAUGUUCCAGUUAUUAUUCAAGAACUCUCCGAAAUUGGUGGUUUCAAUUACAAAAUAAUGAGCCGAAGAUUACUAGAAAAACUCAUAAGUAAUGUUGUGGCAAUGAACUUCAGCUGGAUUGGAUUCAAAAAUAAAGAGAAUUUCUCAGUCAUGAAUGUUGCCAAUAUAGUGAGUCUGCGAAGAAGACACAUAAUUGCAGCUGACGUGGAGAACGUGGUGGAACUCUGGCUGGUAAAGGCCAAAGAAAGAGAAACCAAAAAAUAA